AAUUAGUUAGUUCAAAGCCAAUGCAAUAAACAGAAAAUACCUCCAACCUGACCUGAUUGUAAUGGAAUUCUGGCCUGGCUUUUCCAUAAAUACGUGACCAGUUCUCGAUUUAGGGCCAAAGUGUCGACGACCAACGAUGCAGUCUUUCAAGAAACUCCGACUGGCAUUGACCUUAGUGCUAAUUUUGUGUCUGACCAAUAGUUUUGUGGAAUCAAGAAGAUGGGGAAAGUCAGUGAAAUUACAUCUGCACAGAGAAUCGAAUCACACCAAGAUACUGAAGAGUUUUCACAGCCAAAAGUUGAGACUCAAAGAGAAACUAAGCCCAACUACUACCACGGAUUUAGAGAUCACCUCGUUAACUGUAACUGGAACAACGCUUUCCAAAGAUAACCUAAUCAACUCUCACAACACCGAGUACUACGUAACAGCUUCUUUUGGAAGUCCUCAAUCUCAGCAGGCCACUCUUCUCGUAGACACAGCCUCUGCAAAUCUACUGGUCUAUUCUUCGGAGUUCGUAAAAACUUCUUGUUCGAAACACAAUGGCUAUAAUUCCAGUUUAUCGCAAACUUAUCAGGCCAAUGGAACAGCCUUUCAGAUACAGUUUGCAUCGCAGGAUGUCCUAACUGGUAUUCUCUCCACGGAUACCUUUACCUUAGGCGACUUGGCCGUAAAAAAUCAGACUUUUGCUGAAAUAAAUUCAUCAUCUCAGAAUUUGUGCAAUCGCUCGAACUUCGAUGGGAUCCUAGGACUGGGACUUCCUCAGAUAGCCAUUGAUGGAGUGACCACCCCUCUGGAUAAUAUUGUGGAUCAAGGACUCAUCGAUGAUCCCAUUUUUUCGUUCUACGUCAAUCGAAACGCUUCGGAUGCCAGUAAUGGUGGAGAACUGCUGCUUGGCGGUUCGGAUCCUACACUUUAUAGCGGAUGUUUGACAUAUGUGCCACUCUCCAAAGUGGGAUUCUGGCAGAUCACCGUUGGACAAGUUAAGAUUGGUAGUAAGAAGCUCUGUUCCAACUGCCAGGCCAUCUUCGAUGUGGGAACUUCUUUGAUAAUCGUACCUUGUGCUGGUCUCAAAAUCAUAAACAAAAAAUUGGGUCUUAAGGAAACCGACAAGAAGAACGGCGUCUAUAUCAUUGACUGCAGUAAGGUGUCAAAAUUGCCGAAUAUCGUUCUGAAUAUUGGAUGGAAGGACUUUACUCUCACUCCAUCGGACUAUGUUCUCAAUUACAGUGGAACCUGCGUAUCCGGUUUUUCGAGUCUCUCUGACUGUAAGGGAGAGCAAAUCAAUGACGAUGGCGAGGACUUGAAUGAUCUCUGGGUGCUGGGCGAUGUGUUCUUUGGAGCCUUCUUCGUUUUGUUUGAUUUUGGACUCAAACUUAUCGGCGUUGCUCCUAAAGUUUAAGGGAAUAAUUUCAUAUUUUUAAACUUCUGGUAGGCUUAUAAAUAAAUAUAAACAUUUGGUGGCA